CGUAUAAAAGCGGCGGCCAGUUGCAAUCUUGAGACAAAGGGAGCUCGAGAGCCAAACAGUUCACUCUUUUAUUCCUCAACCUGCUGGUGUAUAAUAAUCUGUUCAGGAUGCGCGCUUUUCUGGUGAGCACAUUCAAUAAUCCUUUUUGGGAAAAUACCUAUUAAAGACUAAAUAAAAAUCCCAUUGCAGAUGCUUUGUUUAGUCGCUGUGGCUAGAGGACAGUACGACUAUACGCCCACGUCGCAUGCCGGAGAUGGACGCGGAGGACUGGUCGGAGGAGUCAGCAGUGGCCUAGUGGGUGGAGUCAGCAGUGGCGCAGCCCAGCUAUCCGAGCCCAUACUGCUGGCCAAUGAGUUCACCAAGGAGUUCUUCACAUACAGUGCUCCGGAGCAGGAGUUCGACAACCCCCAGGCCAACGAGCAGAUCGCCAACGCUCUGAAGAAGAACCUGCGGGUCCUCUUCAUUAAGGGACCCGAAAACACUGGUCUGGAGCAUGCAGCUCUCCAGCUGGCCACCUCUGCGUCGGACGACCGCACCGCCAUCUACGUGCUGAACAAGCAGGCGGACAUCGGCGAGCUUACCAACAGGCUCAACCAGAUCAAGCACCAGACCAGCCACAAGCCCGAGGUGCACUUUGUGAAGUACCGCACCCAGAGCGACGCCGAGAACGCCCAGCGGACCAUCCAGGCUCAAUACGACUCGUUGCCAGGACCUUCUAGCAACCAUAAUGCAGGAUCCUCGGCUCUUGUUCUGGAUUUCGCUUCCAAGGGUGUUUCCAGCGGAGCCACUGUCUCUGCACCUGCUCUGGCCACCGGCGACCUCAAUGCACCAUUGACUAGCGCGUAUUUACCACCAGGAAGGUAUUAGAUUAAGCAGAACCCUUAGCUAUUAAUUAUAAAUGUAAAUAGGCAACCAUUUUCAAAUCAUUAAAAAUGUAUUCACACAA